AUUCCUACAUCACAAUCUGAGGAGUAUGAUGACAUUAAGACCACGCCAUUUCGUAAUCCGCAUAUUUCAUAUGACUACCUUAAGAGAAAGACCAGAUAUACAUACAUAUACAUAUGACUAACUACAUAUAUAGACGUAAUGGUAGGAAAGCUAAUUAAGUAUUUCAACCCAUUUUCCAUAAGGUGCACUUCCCUGCCUAAUGACGGCCCAGUGCUUUCUCACUGUUCAAUUAAACUACAUAACUCCACACACAGUGCUCAUUAGCACUCCAGCAAUUAAAGACAGAUUAUUCCUAAAAACUGCGGUGGAGGAGAAAGAAAUAAAAAAUGAGGGAGAGUCAUUAGCAAAUUUUAUGGUUGAAUAAGAGCAUAAUUUGCGAAAAGGAAAAUCGCCUACGCGACUCAAGAAAUAAGCAGUCUUUGGCUGAAGUGAAAGUAUUCAUGGGGAAAUUAAGAGUAGCAAAAAUGGACACAGAUUUUAGUCCUCGCAGUCCAAAUAAGAAAUCUGAGGAAAUUUUGCUGUCAACGAAACAUCCGCCAAUGAUGACUUCGUUGAUACCCUUGAUUAGAAAGCAGAUUGAUUUCUGCAAUCUGUUGGCAAUAAUCCCGUUCGAGUGGGAUGUCGCGAAGGGGAGGUUGCGCCUACUUGAGUCUCCGGUGAAACUGAUGGCCUGUAAAAUUCAGAUUGGGAUCCAUGUGGCAUAUACGACGCUGAUAUUUGCGUACUUUCUCUCACCGCAGAAUUUAAGUUCGAUUCCAAAUUCGACAAGGAUGAUGGGGUUAACGUUUCUCGUUUGCUUUGGAGCCACGAUGCUGAUGCGACUCACAAUUUGGAAUAUGAAGACGGAUGUUGUACACUUGUUUAAUAAUUAUUUAUUUUUUGAAGAGACUUAUUUGCCUGCUUGUCCACGUGGCUACGAGGGGGAUAAAGUAUCUAAAAUAAUGAUGACGCUGGGCUUUCUGACGAGCGUGGGACUGCCUGGAUUUAUUGCGGCGAUGCUGCUGGUCAACCCCUGCCAGGCACCGCAUAUUGGAUACAUUCUCUUUCGAGAGGGUCCCAGCGGGUGUGCCGUUCCGGGAUGGCCGGUCAGGUUGACCUUUCUUAUCUUUGAUACGUGGACCUGGGUCAAUUGUAUCUCAUCCGCCAUAUUUUCUGGAUUCCAAGUUUUCUUCCCAGGAAUGAAAUGUCUGUGCUUCUAUAUUCAUCUGAUUCUUGAAAUUUAUGCCGCCAAUGGCGUCACCACUCCCGCCCAGGACGGAUUCUGUUUCCGAGUCUACCAACACCUUCGCGUUCUUGGGAAAUUAUUCAACUUUUGUUUACAGUCUGUCUUUAUCCCGACGCAGAUCACGGCUGGGUGCAUGGUGCUGAUUAUCGGGCUGUACACCUGUGUCAAGCUCCACGCCCAAAUCGCCAUGCCCGGCUUUGCGUUCUUCCCCCUGAUUUCAUGCGAUGGUCUCGCCAUCAUUUUUAUUACCCAGGUGGCCGCUGGGGUGUACACGUCGUCGUCAAAAUUGGUGAAGAAGGCGCGACGAUCGCGAAGGUAUGGGAGGAAUGCGUGGUUUAGGAAAAUGGUGAGGGCGACACAUUUUAUCAAGAUUCGGUUCGGAUCGACCAACUUUAUUGAUCAGAUGACGCCUUUGGUGUAUCUCAAUUUCUGUCUGACGCAGACGGUUUCGUUGGUUUUGUUAUCGUAGUUUAUGAAAUAGGAAAUGAGGAGGGGACAAGGUCUGGUUAGGUUAAUAUUCGAUGUUUUUAACAUGUGAAAGGGCUUGCCACCAAAAUCAAACACAUUGUAAACUUGCUGAUGAGUUAUUUAUGUAUGGAUUUACGACGAAGAUAAUGCGAAGAUAAUUACAUAUGUAAGCUGUGCACCUUGUAAAUAAGUACCUAUAUGAGAGUUUUAAUUUCGGUUAAUAAACUUGACAAAGUACGAAUAAAUACUUAUGUAAACUUGUGAAUAAGUUAGUAACGCUUCAAAGCUUACAGGUUAUGGAUGCGUUUUAAUUUUGUAAAAUAGUAUACACAAAUUUUAUACAGAUUUCAAAAAUUGCAUGCA